AUGAACUGUGUAUUGCCUGAAUUGCUUAGUGGAAUUGUUUACUCCUCAAAUGCGAGUGCGAUCCAUAAGAACAUUGCUACAAUUAAUCAAGGUACUAGCUCGAUCUCUUCCUAUUUCUCAAAAUUGAGACUGCUGUUGGCGGAGUUUGAUAGUCUAGCCCCAAUUCCUGGAUGUGACUGUGAGAAAUCGCGUGAAUUUGUUGUGUUUUUGGAAAGGAUGAAACUCCUACAGUUCCUUAUGGGGCUAAACGAGUCUCAUGAGCAAGCUAGAAGUCAAUUGAUCAUGAUGAUACCAGCUCCCUCUGUUAACAAGGCUUACUUUAUGAUGAUGGAGAGUGAAAGCCAGAGGGCAAUUGAACACACAGGUGUUCCUGUAGAGAAUCCUGACCUCACUGCUUUUGUGUCUACUAGAGGUGGAUUUUAG